AUGGUGAGCUUUGACGUUGAGUCGCUCUUCACCAAUGUUCCCGUUAAAGAAUGUCUAGAAGUAGUCAGAAGGAAACUGAGCGAUGAGGGUAUAUCGGAGUCAGUAAUGGUGUUGCUGAGGAACUGCUUGGAAGGAAGCUACUUUUUGUAUUGUGGAAAGCAUUACCUCCAGAUUGAUGGGGUAGCCAUGGGUAGCCCUGUAGCACCGGUUUUGGCAAAUAUCUGGAUGGAGCAUAUCGAAGCCAGUAUAAACUUGCAGCCUUGGGCGGUGAAGUUGUGGAAGCGCUAUGUGGAUGAUGUUUUCUGUAUUAUGAAGGGUGGGAAGCAGGAGGUGGAGCAACUACUCCGAUAUCUAAAUUCAAUUCAUCCGAAGACGAAGUUCACGUAUGAAUUGGAAUCACAGCGCAGUUUGCCGUUUUUGGACGUGAAAGUGAUUAGUCGAGUGGACGGAACCCUAACUCAUACUGUUUAUAGGAAACCUACACACACUGACAGGUAUUUGAACGCCCUUUCUCACCACCAUCCUCGUCACUUACAAUCGGUGGUUACCUCGCUAGGAAACAGAGCACAUGAUCUGUGUGACCCUGAAUAUUUAGAGAGCGAGAUGUCGCAUAUUCAGGAGGUACUAAGGAGGAACGGGUACAAGGUCGACCAAAUAUCGGAAAACCAAGUAAACAGCGAAAAUUCCAAAGAUGAGCCACGAGACAAAAAGGACAGCAAAGACUCGAACGCAAACAUAUUCCUUCUAAUUUGUAUAAUUGGUGUAUCUUUAGGAAUCUUAUUAGAAAUACUAAACAUUCAAAAUAGAUCGUGCAAAGAUGAAACAAUGAAGACUGUCAGCAAAUACUGGGUUUAUUCUGCCUACAGCGACGUUGAGAAUAGAAACGGUCUUCUCAAACACGUGCAUUUAGUUUUAGAGAGAGUCGGAUACGAGAAAAGCACUAAUCAAACGCCGUGGAGUCUCCUUUGGUCCCACGACUACCCAUUUAGAGUUCUAUACCCUAAAUUACACAAGUUAAAACCACAUCAAAAAGUAAACCACUUCCCUGGCACAGGCUUUAUAACAAACAAAGUGGAUCUAGCUACCACAGACUAUAAAUACAUCCCGAAAGCUUUCAAACUGCCAAAGAACAAGGAAGACUUCAUAAAAUACGCCGCUGAAAACAAAAAUGCGUUAUUCGUAGAAAAACAUAACCAACACAGAAAAGUGUAUUUAAAAAACGUGAGCGAAAUUGACUUGUCAAAUGGGGAAAGUUUCGUGCAGGAGUACGUGCAGAAACCGUUCUUGGUGGAUGGACAUAAGUUCGAUAUUGGCGUGUACGUGGUGCUGACAUCUGUGAAUCCUUUGAGAGUGUAUUGGUACAAAGGCGAUGUUCUGUUUCGGUACUGUCCUGCAAAGUACCACCCCUUCGACCCCUCAGUUUUGGAUAAGUAUGUGGUGGGCGACGACUACCUGCCGACGUGGAAGGUGCCAUCGCUGGCUCACAGCUACACGGAGCUCGGGUUCAGCAUGAAAGAUGCCUUCGACAUCUAUGCCACGUCGAAGGGCAAAGAUCCUGUAAGGAUGUGGGAGGAUGUGCAGGAGGCUAUUGCGGGCGUCUUUCACUUGAAGGAGAAAUAUGUCAUUGAAGCUUUAAAGAGCUACCCAUCUGGAGACAACUUCUUCGAGCUAAUGCGAGUAGACCUGGUAGUCGACGAAGACCUGAAAGUAUAUUUGUUGGAAGCCAACAUGUCUCCCAACUUGAGCUCGGCGCACUACCCGCCCAACCAACUGCUGUACGAGCAAGUGCUAUACAACUUGUUCGGUGUCACUGGAGUGGCGGAUUAUAUGAGGGAUUAUAAUAGUACUGAUGUGAGAGAACAAUCAGCUGCCAGAAACAUGGUAUCCACCGACAAGAACCUAGCAGUAUGGGGGAAGGAGUGCGACACCUACUGUCGGGACAACUGCGAGGGGUCGCUUCUCAUCUGCAGACUUUGCAAGCCUUGUAUCACCAGGCAGUUGAGGCAUAGCCUGCUGAGAGCACAUAGGGAGCACUUACAUAAAGGGGACUUUAGGAGGCUGUACCCUCCACCGAUGCAACCAGGAGCACAAGUGGACUACAAGCACCUGGGAACUCUCAGUGAAGCCAACAAGCUACAACAUCUGUGGUAUCAAGGAAAAUGCAACAUCGACAGCACUUGGUGUACAUAAAAACAAUUUGUUACUUAAGUUAUUUAAUAAACUUGCUCUUACAAAUGUUA